AUGGGCCAAUACGCACAUGGGAAUGAACCAGUGCACCACGUCACGUCGAUGUAUGCGCUUGGAGGAGCUAAAAAGGAAGGCGAAGAGAUUAUCCAUCGAGUGAUGGACGAGUUGUAUAAUUCUGGGCCAAGUGGGUAUUGCGGGGAUGAAGAUAAUGGGCAGAUGGCUGCGUGGUAUAUCUGGAAUAGUAUUGGAAUGUAUUCGAUGACGCCAGGGACUGGGGAAUAUGUAUUUGGGAGUCCAAAUGUGGACUCUGCCUUUAUAAAAAUACAAGGGAAAACGUGUGAGAUACAAGUGAAGAAGGUUAAGAGUAAUAAGGUGAAAGAAGAGAAGUAUAAGUACAUUGAUAAGAUCUUUGUAAAUGGGAACAGGUGGACGAAAUUGUUUAUCACACACGAUAUCAUGGCAGAAGGAGCAAAAAUAGAGUUUGUUAUGAGUAAUGAACCAAAGGAAAGAAAACUGAUCGACUCGGACUAUCCAACAACGUUAACUUCAAUGAUAGAUGAGAGGGGAUGGUUUAAGAGUGUGGAUAAAUUGAAGUUAGUAGCAUGA